AUGCACAACUUGGUGUCAUUGCAGCGUCGUGUGUGGUCGCUUCAGACGUCUAGCACCUCUGACGAUCACUGUGUUGCAUCUACGUCGAUUCCUGGCGAUGAACAUCUUUUCUUCUUACAUUCCAGUGGCCUUAUUGAGUCGCUGCAUCUCGACGAACAGGAUAUGCACGCUCAUGGUAAAGAUCUGGAGAUAGUGUUUGAUUUACAAAAGUGUGUGGAAGACAAUGGCGUAUCAACGAAUCAUUGGAAGUGGAUGAAGUACGUGGCUGAGUUAGAAGCACUCGUGUGUGCUUCUACCACCGGUGCACUGGUCGCAGUGGAUGUGGACUCUAUGAUUGGCAAAGAAGUUGGGAAUGUUGAUAGUGGACUCCGUGCCAUCGCUUGGAGUGCGAAUCAAGAGGUACUGGCCCUUGUCACAGGUGCAAACUCUUUACUUGUCAUGAGCAAUGAUUGGGAGACACUCCACGAAACGGCGAUUAUAGACUCAUUGCCAUCAGAUCUUACAUUAUGCACCACUGAACAAGACGAAAAGAAUUGGUAUUGUGACCUCUGCUGGCGCAGUGAUGCUGCAUACAUUGCACUUAACAUUGCGACAAGGACAAGAGAUAAUAAUGUGGUGCACAAGGUGAUGAUCUUUACAAAAUUGCUCGAGUUUCAAGCAUUGGGACGACUUGAGGAUGGACGUGCUGUAUCAGAACUUGGUUCACCGUUGCAUUGGAGUCAAUCUCUUGCUUUAAUUGCGAGUUGUGAAGUACGAAAGAAGCGAUUAGUUGUGGUGUUUUUCGAGCGCAAUGGGUUGCGCCAUGGUGAGUUUGUCAUUCCAGCGGCAUACGACGCAUCAGAGUAUCAAGUCGCUAGUGUACAAUGGAAUACAAAGUCCGAUGUACUUGCAGUGACUUUACAAGAAAAAGAACAUGAUAAGAAUGAACACUUUAUUAUCCAACUUUGGUCAAGAAAUAAUUAUCACUGGUAUCUCAAGCAAGAGCUUCACUUUCAAAAUCGACUAAUUGAUUUGGUUUGGGAUGAAGAUGUUGCAGGCAGGUUUCAUGUUCUCACUUGCUCUUCAUACACACAGGCAUUAACCUUGUAUGAGCACGAAUAUGCAUGGGAUAUUUGUAGCAUUGAAAGUGACAAUCCAUCUCUGAAGCUGGAUUAUUUAAGUAUGGAGCGAAAAAGUUGCGACGUCGCUAAGCCGCGUCAGAGUGUAGCGGUGACAGGAGUAAUCGAUGGAUCUAUGCUACUGCUUACACCACUACAUCGUGCAUUGGUACCUCCACCGUUUGCUUUGCUUCAACUCACUUUGGAUGCAGCUAUCAAUUCAGUCGUGUUUGAUUCACAGGCAGAGGUACUGCUUGUGCUGCUCGCAAAUGGAGAUGUCAUUCUAGUUGAAAACUUUCUCGCAGCAGAUGCAUCAUCGUCAUCAGCAGGUUUGCCUGUUUCGCAAAGGAGUGCAGUUGGAAGUAUCUCUCCAGACGUAUUGAUGAAAAAGACUGCGAUCAAACUCUCUAGCAUGGUGGAUGAUAAACCAUGCACGUUUACAUGUCUGCUUUGGGUUCGUUUUGAAAAUUUAACUCGCCAACUUGUAUUUGCUGGUAAGACUGGGUGGCGGGAUCAGCUGAUGCUUUGCUUGGCAAGCAACGUUAGCUUGGAGACGAAUGAGGUUGUCACAGCUCAUCCGAUUCAGCUUUAUGAUGUUAGAAGAGCUUGUCUAAUACAGCCCAUGCUUGUCAAAAACGAUCGAGAGAGUGAAAAGCUAUCGAUCGAACUUGCCAUACAGACACAUAGCGGAACUAUGUACACAUUAGAUGCUAUGUCGAAGACUUUGAUGCCAGGUCAACGACGUACAAAACUUCCAACGUUCUCCUGUAUAACUGUGCUUGAUUGUCACGAUCAAUCUAUGCCACGGGAAAAAGAUGAAUAUGGCUAUGUGGUGAUUGGACUGAAUGGAUCCAGCGCAAGGCUGUAUGUGAAUGAUAAAGUGAUAGCUUUUGCCUGUUCAUCCUUUCGCUACUGUGCGCGAUCGUCUAUGCUUUUAUACACACUACAAGGUCGAGAGUCUCAACUUUGUAUCGCGCCAUUGUCUGGUAUAUUGGACUUUGCCUAUGGAAAUAUCACAAAAGUAAAAUUUGAAGCUCGGUCUGUUGAGCGUGGUGCUCUGCUAGUUGCAACAUUAAGCCAGCAAUCCAGUGUCAUUGUUCAAAUGCCACGUGGAAAUCUAGAGUCCGUCUUUCCGCGUGUAUUGGUAUUAGCUCUCGUCGUACAUCAGAUUCAAAAUCGAGAGUAUGUUGCGGCUCUGGAGACUUGUCGCCGUCACCGACUCGAUAUAAAUGUACUUGUUGACUUGAAUCCGGCCGAAUUUCUUACCAACUUUUCACAAUCACUCGUUCAGUCUCUCCUUUCAACUCGACCAGCUACAGUCACGAGUGAUCGACUUUGUCUCUUUAUAACGAAUCUCCAUCCUGUAGACGUGUGGGCCACGAAAUAUGGACCACAGCUUGAAGCAUUCAAUGUCGCUAGACUCUCAGAUGACCAUCCCAAUGGCGCAGCAUUAAGUCCUGAGAAAAAAGUUAAUACGGUGUGUCAAGAAGUUAUGCGGGUAUCUGAAAAACUGGCGAGCGAUGGAGAGCAAGCUGAAGCUGCGUUGCUACUUCCUUUUGUCACGAGUGCAGUGAAACAAACUCCUCCGUGCUUUGACAAAGCACUUGGAAAGAUUCAGCAACUUCUCCAAAAAAGUGAUACGAAUGAUCAAAGUGUCUCAGCUCGAAAUCGAGCGGCAGCAACGCGAGCAGUAAAACAUUUGAUCAUGUUAACGAACGAAGAAACUCUGUACUCGGAAGCACUGGGGCUGUAUGAUUUAGAUCUCGUGCGAAUUGUGGCUAUGCAUUCUCAGCUUGAUCCAAAAGAGUACAGUCCGUUUUUAAACCGUGUGACUAGUCAAACCAAUGAGUAUUGGCGAAAGUACACGAUCGACGUCCACCUCGGACGCCAUGCUCGAGCGUUGACUCAUGUCGCUGCUCUGAUUAGCGAAAGUAGUCCUGACGACCAAGCAGCAAGGAGUAAGUUGCAGUCGAUCGCUCUUGAUCUAAUCAAGGAAGGAGAACUAUAUAAUGAUGCUCUUCAACUCUUUCCUCUCGCGCCGUUGAAAGCUGUUACAGCACUGAGCGACCGUGCCUUUUGUCAACAAAUCUUGAGUUUGAAAGGUGAUUUUUUGCUUGGAAAGAAAGAUUAUGAAGCUGCAGCGUAUGUAUACCUGUCGGCUUCAGACAAAGAUAAAGCUCGACGUGCAUUCAUUGCUGCACGUAAUUGGCAGAUGGCGUUAGCUUUAAGCGCUCGCGACCAACAAUCUACUGACAAACUUCGAGAGGAAGCUUAUGCACUUGCACAAGAGCUUUUAAACCAAACGCAGCAUCGACAAGAUGGAACUGUCGAUGAUAUCGUAGCUGUGUCAAGAAUCUAUGUUGAGUAUUGUAAUGACAUCGAUGAAGCUGUUGCGUUGCUGGUUACUCAUCAGCAAUGGUCAGAAGCGUUGCGUAUCGCUUACCUACACCGGCGCAAUGAUUUGGUGGAGAGUGAUGUCGAACCUGGUUUGCUACAUAGUUGCAAUGAGGUUAUGGAAGAGAUAGAACGUAAGGAAACGCAGUAUACGAAGCACUUCAAACGACUGACAGAUAUUCGUGAACAAAAGCGGCUGUUUAAGCUCCACGGGAUCGAUGGUACGCGAUGGGACCAUGUUGAUACUGAUGCAGGUAGCAUUCACUCGGGUGCAUCAAGCGCUGUCGAUAGUGCGCUUUCCUAUACUUCUGUCAGUUCCGUCGGCAGUCACAAUAGUGCCGCAAGUAUUGGAAACUUUUCAAUGCAGUCAUUGUCGAUGGCAACAGCUAGUCAUUUCUACGCUACUCAAUCACUUAGAGAUGCUAGCAAGAAUGCAAAACAUAACGGCAGAUAUUCACGUCGAGAGAGAAGAAAACGAAUGAAGGAAGGAAGCGCUGAAGAGGAAGCUUAUGUCGAACAACAACUGCUCGAACUGCGUCCAAAUGCAUCACUUGCACGAGAAAUUCGAGGUUUGCUUGAGAUGCUUCUCCUUUUCAAUCGCGUACAAGAAGCGCAGAAGCUACAGUCGCAAUUUGCUCAGUUUGAACAAUGUGUUGAACAAAUGGGACGUUUAUCAUUAUCUGAGAAAUCUACUACUGCUUGUGUCAUUCAACUUCCGCAAUGGCGAUCGGAAGCGUUGCAUGACUAA